UCUGUAUGCAUGCAGAUAAGCAAUGAACUAGCGGUAUUAAAGGCCGGUGUGUAGUGAAAUUUGUGGAGCCGGAAGUACAAAUAAAAAACUCGAUUAGUGUCAAGUUAUUCUAGUGAUUCUGUGCUUUGCACACAACAAGUUUGCCAAUCGAUAUACGAAUCAAUAACCAAUCAAUAGUAACUUACUUAACAGGAUUUGUAUGUAAACCUGUUUUUAUUCAUCGAGUGGUUUAAGUAAGCAUUGUUAUGUGCGUGUGAGUUAUGCGACGUAACAAGACACGGUUAAUACUGUUGCAAAAUCAGUUUUCUCCAAAACGUGAAUAUGGAGACGCCUGCAAAGUCUGACAUAUCUUUGAAGAGUAUUAUAAUGUCACAUCGCGGUAUCAUUAACGUUAUGUUUCCUAAACCGGUAACAAAACCAGGUAAAAGCGGUGUGCAUGAGCCCAAGCGACUAGUAAAGACGAUGGAUUUCGACGUAGAGAAGAACGACUACAGCGUGCCCGAGUUCUACGAGCGCUUUGGUAAGGAACUGCCUCAAGUGAUCAUGAUAAGUCAAGGAUUCUUUGGAGACAUCGUGGAAGACACGUUCGAUAGAGAAAUGAUUAUUCGCAUCCAGACGGUAUCUAAGCAACGUCGCGUGGUCGCCAGGGCCGACAUGGGAGAUCACUCUAAACUGAUCAGCAUCCCGUUUACAUACCCUGAGAAAGUCUGUUUCGUCAAAAAACACAAAUUGAGCAAAGAAAAAACCAUAAAGGAGGUCAUCGAACAUCAGAGCCUGCCAUGUGUCGUGGAGUUCCCCAGGGACAGAACCAUCAGCGUGGGCGGCCAGAACAUCAGCACCAACCACAUCCCGAAAUUGCAGCUUCAGAAAGCUUUUGAUGAAAUGUACUUGCUGGGAAACUUCAUUGUCGACGGCGUCAUGGGACCAGACGUGGUGAACGUGCCCCUGUACCUGUCUAAACUUCGCAUGGCGCGCGUAAUUGGCCUAAAGAACACGCCUCCCCAGAAAUGGCGGGGUUACCUUGAGGAAUUGGAGCGCUUUAGUUCCUAUCUGAAAUACGACAAAGAGUACGGAAACCAAGGAAUUGCCCAAUACGACCCGUCAGCGGUUCAUUCUGACGCCAUUUACUCCUUUGUUGAACCACAGACAUACUCUAACAUAAUCUCGGUGUUUCAACAUCGCCGUGGGAACGCCGUAGAUAACCCAAACUACCAACUGACCGACGUGAACCAGCAUGGAGACAACACGUACGAUACAAUCGGAGUGGAACGCGAGUCCGCGAUUCACAAUGCCAAGACAGAAACUCACAGGCCAUCAUUGUCGCCGUUUUACUUCCGUCGAACACAAGCUCAGGGUUCGACUUCCCUAAUUUCACAGGCGGUUAAGUCAACACAUGGAAGCCUACAAUCAAUAGGACCAGAAAAUCAUUCUUUCCAAAAAUUGAACUACAGUCCGCUUAACGACACAAACACAAAGGUUCCCCCACCUGUCGCGAUCAAGCCCCCAAGGCCACCUCCGCAGAUUCUAGAGAUGCAAGGCAGUCCGAAGCUUCCCGCGCGCCAACCAAGGCCUCCUUCACAGAUUCCGAGUCUUACCGUCAAACACAUCUACUCGAAUGACCUUCCCCGCAAGUCCAUUCGCCCUUUCCAACCGGAACUCAAAGAAGCAAGUGAACUUAAGCAGGAACGCUCAUCAAAAUCCGAUCAGCUAAGCAACACUUUGGAUUCACCAAAAAAGCCAGACGAGGUUCGUAAACCGUUACCAACGGUCAACGACAACCUUGAUGUUAUCAAACUGUCUAUUAACGAUGUAUGUGGUUACCUUAAAGUGCUGCAUCUUGAUAAAUAUGAGCCCAAGUUCCGAGAUAAUCUUAUUGAUGGUUCGCUGUUGGUCGCCCUGUCCAAAGAAAAUUUUGAAAAAGAGUUUGGUAUGAAUGGGCUGGAAGCGGUGAGAAUAUUAAAGUUCUCCAAAGAAGGUCAUUUGCCAAGGUAGAUAACAGCGGCUGUAAGUCGUUUGUGUCUUUUGGAAAAACCUAAAUCUUCAUAAAGGCACUUGGGCUUCCAAUGUUUUAAACGCAGUUUUUACGUAAAAUAAUACACUGCUUACGUUUGUAAUACACAUGUAUUAUAGUAUUUAACCAUAAGUGGUGCAACUUCUUUCAUCAUUAUAGACGAAAAAUGCAGUUAUGUAACACACUCUUCAUAAAGAAAAAUAAUACGAAAUUUUUUAUGUGUCUUUAUAAUUUGUAUAAUCAUAUUGAACUUAUUAAUUUCAUACCAAAUGUUCGUUUGAAAUGUGCUUAUAAACUAGUGAGAUAGUUGAUAUUGUUUUAUCUUAUUUUUAUUUUAAUGGCACAUUAUGUUAUCAGCUCAGCAAUUGAGUGACACACUCGUUUUCUUCUAAAUUGUUGAGUAUAUACAGAAUUAGUGAGGGAAACCACUCGUUAAAUCUUUUUCCAAUAAUGCUAUUAUUGCAGAACGUCAUAAAUAACAAAUAUAUACACUUUGUCAGAUGGAUGAACAUUGUCAAUAAUAUUACGUGCAGCAAACGUUUAAUGUUAAGUUAGGUUAAGUUUCAACGGCUUAAAGCACGUUUAGUUGUUUGAGAAACAAAUGUGCACAGUUACAUAUGCAAGUAUACGCCCAUGUCAAUUUGAAGCUUCAUAAAGAUUCAAUAGAUAUAUAUUGCAUUUAUUAUUGCAUACCUUAGAACAUUUUUUUAACUGCAUCGUAUAUUUAAAUUGAGUGUGAGAUAUCGAUUGCUAUUGUAAUUUCCAUUUGUACCUGUCGUCAUCAUCAUCAUCAUCAUCAUCAUCAUCAUCAUCAUCAUCAUCAUCAUCAUCAUCAUCAUCAUCAUCAUCAUCACCAUCAAUUCCUUCACCGGUUCGGAGGGAUACAUUGUACCUGUAUGAAAUAUUAAGUCUUGUGAACGUUUUAUAUCUUCUCAAAUGAUACCAAUAUCUUGCUAAAACUUGUGUAAGAUGUUCUGUUCAUGGCGAUAAUAAUACAGCCCUGCACUAAGAAUCAUGGUAUUGCAGUUUUAUACUUUUACUUUUUUUCAACAGAAUUGUUCUCUUUUCGAAUUCUUUAUAUAGACUGUGCACGUUGUAAACGCUUGUUUAGAGCGACGCAUAUCUUGCUGUAUUAUUCUGUAUUAAUUUCACCCGUUGAAGCCGUGUUUUCUACUUUUCUACUGUUGUUUUUGCAUGACGCUUUUUAAUGAGCAACCGUUUGUUUAUUCAAUGACAUUGUUAGUUACAUUCGUUUCUUAUGUCAAUAUUUCAAAUAUACAUUUAAUCAUAUAUUUAAACUCGACAGCAGUCUGUUUAGCUAAUAUUUAAUUAUGUGGCUCAGAUUAAUUAUGCAUAUAAUACUUUUCUAUGAUUCCAUUUUACAAAACGCCAUAAAAUGUCUUUAUCAUCUUAAACUUUAUUUGACAAUAUUGAAUAAUAAUGAACCACCAACAAGACAAAUGGACUACCCGUUGUAAAUUUAUAUAUCAAUUGUAAAAGUGUCCAUUAAUGCAUAUUUAUACCGGCGAAAUAUCGGUAUAUAUGCAAUUAACUGUUAAAAAAGAAGACUGAAUAAUUGCAUAUUUCCAUAAAUAUUAACAAUUAAAUCAAACCUUAGUUGUAUCAGUUUAAAAACAACUGUAUCAUCACCACGAAGUAAUGUGUGUGUGAAAAGUGGCAUAUUACCCAAUAGUAAGACGCAGGACAAACUAGACUAGACACACAAGUCCAUAACGAACAUAAACAAUAUGUUAAAACAAGGUUACCGCCCCUGAACGGUCAUACCAAAACCUGGUCCUUAGAUCCCUACUGUGUAGGGCUCUUAAAUGAGUGUUUCACGUGAUACUGUCAAAUGGACAGACACAUCCAACAGUGAAAUUACCAGAGCUGUAUUUUGUUUAAAUGUUCUAGAUGUUUUUGAUAAACUAGAAAAUAUAAAAAUCAAAAUUAAUUAAAAAGGUAAAAGUGUUUUGUUUUAUUUCCAUAAACAUUUUUUUUGACAGAAGUAGUGAAAAGUACUGCACUUCUUUUCAGAUAUAUGAAACAAACAAAAUUCUUAUCAAAGUGUACGGCAUGAAAUCUUUCCAUUGUUUUUUUAGCAUUCCUCAAAAAAUGGCUUACACUUUUUUAUCAGGUAUCAAUCUUCAAAAUUAAGAAGCAAUAUAACAACUUACUUUAACUUGAAAGUGCAAUGUGUGUAUAGUAUGGAUAUUUGUUUGAUUACCUUAUUUGUACUUAUUAGUAAUAAUUCAAACAAUGUUGGUAUAUAAUCAUUCACUUAUUGCUUUUUAAAUCUACAUAAACUGCGUGUUUAUUGCUAUAUAGUUCAGUUAUAUGCUGUCUUAACUGUGUUGUUUUUAACAUUAAAUUCCAUUUUUAAUUUCA